AUGGAUCCACCGCCACCACCACCACCACCACCCACUACGGGUGAAUUUAUACCACCUUUUAUACCAUCAUCCACUCAACCUUUACCAAAUACUGCCAUACCAAACACCACUACCGAUCCUACUCCACCUCAUGAUGUUACACCAACCAACACUACACAACCCAUUGCCACCCAAGAUGAACCUACACUCACUUAUAACCCUUCUACUACAAUUCCACCAUUCACCCAUUUCUUCCCGGGCACGGGUCAGUCAUCUUCAACCUAUUCAAUACCACUAAACUCAACCAUUGUCCAUGCUACUUCUACAUUUAGACCAUCGAACCAGUCGGGUUUUCAAUAUUCAACUCUUCCAUUUGGGCAAUCUUCGGGUAUAGGAGGAUAUGGAUAUGAUGAAGGGUAUGAAGAUUUUGAGGGUUAUGAUGAAGAUGGGUAUGCAUAUGGGGGUGAUGGAGAUUAA